CACAGUGCUCCAGUCGCUCUAACCGGGUUUCGGUCUUUAGGGCUGAGCAGGAAGUGCCUGACUGUGGACCCUGGACGAGAAAAAAAAGAAAGAGCACAGGGGGAAAAAAGGCAAACGAUAUUUAAAAAAAAAAAUGGAAAUGGUGGCAGACUUGGGGGCGAGUAGACUCUAUCGGGCGCCGGGUGAAUCAAGUCACCAGCAGCCUCAGAGGUGGUUCAACACUGCUGACAUCACAGUGGCUCACCAAAGCAGCCUGCUGAAGCAACUCAACCAACAGCGCCGCCAGGAGCUUUUCUGCGACUGCAGUGUGCUGGUGGAGGGCCAGCUCUUCAGGGCCCACCGCAACGUCCUGUUCGCCAGCAGCGGUUACUUCCGCAUGUUGCUGUCUCAGGGGCCCGACGGGCUGGUUGACUCUGUCAACGCCACCUUUGACGUCUUCAGCCCUGAGACCUUCACCGUCAUCCUGGAUUUCAUCUACUCCGGCCAACUCGACCUCUCGAGUCACAAUGUGAUUGAGGUAAUGUCUGCAGCCAGUUACUUGCAGAUGAACAAUGUCAUAAAUUACUGCAAGAACUUCAUAAAAUCCUCCUUGGACAUCAGUGUGAAAGAUGAAGACAGUGACCGCUGCAUUAGCUUGUCUGAGACCUGCAGUUUUACAAGUGGAGCAGGAGAAGAGACCUCGGAGCAGCAGCAGCAAGGCCCCAGCUCUGUCAGCCCACCACCGGCGCUCUGGACCAGGGACAACUCACGAUCCCAGUGUGGCUUUAUGGGGAAGGACCCAGACCAGGAGUCAUUGGCCUCAGCCCUGAAGACUAACCCAAGCAGCCCUGCUGAGGAUCUCAAUGCAGAGGCAGAGGACCUGCAGGACCCUCAGGAUCCUCUGUACACAUUGCCUGGAUCAGAGCGCCGGCGAGGUAAAGGGGGAACCAAGAGGAGAGCAUCGAACAGCGCUCGGUCCAACCAACUUGAAGACUUAGACAUUGAGGAGGCGAGGACUAAAAAGGCUGAAAAGGCAGAAGAGCUGUAUGCUACCCUACCACCUAUUGUGGGUGUCAUUGGACACUUUAAUAAAGACUCCAAUCCCAUUAUGCGCUUCAAAUGUCCCUUUUGCACACACACAGUGAAAAGGAAGGCAGACCUGAAACGUCACUUGCGAUGCCACACGGGAGAGAGGCCAUACCCCUGUCAGGCAUGCAAUAAACGCUUUACACGCCUGGAGCAUCUUCGUAGCCAUUUUGAGACGAUACAUCAAGCCAGGAAGCUAGUGUGCAGGAAGUGUAAGUGUCAGGUCACGGAGGACACUGGGCAUGUGGUGUGUGAGGGAACACGCCGCUACCGCAUUUGCACCGCAUGCAUCCAGGAAGUGGAUUGUGAUGAAAUCCCCAUGGACAGUCUAGAUGGUGCCAAUGAGGAGCCAGCCCUCUUAUUGGGGGUGGACGGGGAAGAGGAGGGGGACAGCAAGAGGAGCUGGAUGCUAACCGAUGACGACGACUUGGCUGAAGACUCGGGGGCCGACCUCAUCAUCCAACAAGUGGACGACAGUGAUGAGGAGCUGCAGUGAAAGAAAACCAAAGUGUGUGUGCAGAGGCAUGCAUGGAUAAUAACCUUUGUGUGUGUAUGUGUGUGCUUAAGCCAUGCAAGAGAAUUUAUGCAUAAAAUAUGUGAUCCACUAAUGUAAAUACACAUGCUUAAUAUAUGUUAGUUGUCUAUUAGUUAAAUACAACUGGUUCAUAGUUACUUUUAAUGAUAUGUUGAUCUUUUUGGAAUGCUUUUUUUAAGCUUUAUAAAGAUAUGCAAUAUCCAAAGCUGUGAUUCCUUUGAUUUUUUUAAUGGUUAAAUGAGACUCUUUCAAAUAUGUGUUUUUUCCAAAUGCAUGGAAGAAACCUAUGUUACAUUUUCGGAUGCUCUACUUUGAUAAAAAGUGGUAUUUGAGUUAAAACAAAGUGAGAAGGACAGAAUCAUGACUUUAAUGCUAUUUCCCUACCCCCUGUAAGGAAAGUCACGAGCAGACUUUUCCCAAUUUAACACAAUUGCAGUUUUUAUGAUUAUGUUUGAUUAUGAUAUGCACCAUGAUAUAAAACCAAUUAUAAUUUAUUUGUUUUUGUAUUUUUACUU